GUUGAUAAGAUGACACUAAAACGAGGACGAGUUUGUGUGGAGUCAUGUGCAAGCACUCCGGCUACAUCGUCACAUGUUUAGCUAGCCUUAGCAAGACGGUCUAGUCUAGCGUGGAGGCCUCAACGCGCCGUUCUAACGUGUGAAUACAAAAGUUUGCUGACGAAAAUCCCCAUGUAAGGUACGCACAAGACGCCUCGUUUGGUGGCGAGCUUAACGCGGUCCGAACCGAAGGCGAACGACAGGCCGAAAAUGGAGCCCGAAACCUCGGGUCAAAGUCCGGCCGACGUGGGGUGGUCCAAACGGCCAGACUUGAGAGAGGAGACGCCGGGAGAAGAGGCGAAAGGCGGGGACGGGAACGUCGUGGUGUUAAGGCGGAGAGGCGGAGACGAAGCAGUCAAAUGUAAGGGUGUGAAAUUUGAGCGUGGAGGUGGCAGAGAAGAUGACUACCAGGUGAAAACCAGAGACGAAGAGGAGGCUGCUAAAUAUGAGGAGGAGCUGGAUCCAAGAAUUCAGGAGGAACUCGAACACCUCAACCAAGCCAGCGAUGAGAUCAACAAGGUGGAGCUUAAUUUGGAUGAUGCCAGGUCCAGCUACAGGAAGAUCCUCACUGAUUCUGCCAGGAAGCUGAAUGCUCAGGGCUCCCAACUUGGUGCCUGCAUUGAAAAAGCCAGGCCUUACUAUGAGGCCCGCAGACUGGCCAAAGAGGCACAACAGGAGACCCAGAAAGCAGCUCUCAGGUAUGAGAGGGCUGUGUCCAUGCACACUGCUGCCAGGGAGAUGGUCUAUGUGGCAGAACAAGGCCUGUUGGCUGACAGGAACACCAUGGAUCCAACCUGGCAGGAGAUGCUCAACCACGCUACUGCUAAGGUGAACGAGGCUGAGGAGGAGCGCUUUCGCAGUGAGCAUGAGCACGAGCGAGUCACACAGCUCUGCCAGGAUGCUGAGGCUAAAGUCCAAACCCUCCAAAAAUCACUGAAGAAGGUCAUCCUCAAGUCCAAACCAUACUUUGAACUUAAGGCUCAGUUCAACCACAUCCUGGAGGAACACAAGGCCAAAGUAGUACAGCUGGAGGAGCAUGUAGCAAAAGUAAAAACGCGUUAUUCUGUGGCUCUGCGGAACCUGGAACAGAUCAGCGAGCAGAUCCAUGCUCAGCGAGGGCGAAUCCGUGCUGGCAGGGGGCGACUAGCAAUGUGUGGGGGCCGUAGCUCUCCAGUUGGCGCUGAGGCUGAGACCAGAGCUGCAAUCAGGGUUCCGAUUGGUAGCUUAGUGGGAAUGGGUAAGGUCGAGAGUGACUGGGUAGAUGGCGAGAAAACGCGGCUGUGGGUGGAGAAGCACCGGGAGAACGGCUGGGGCCAGAGAGAAGAGCUGGAAGCGGAGCGUACUGGUUCAGACCGCAUGUCCAUCAUCAGUCUGAAGACCAUCGCUUCUGACCUGGAAAAGUGUGAUUCGGUCGAACAUCUCGGUGACUUUAGCGAUGUCGGGAGCGCUCUGGGUGACGAGUGGGACUGGAACAGGAACAGGAACAGGGCGGAAUUGACCGAUGGACCCCAGCAGGUCAGAACACACCAGCAGAACGAAGGAGGUAGUAAGCAGGAGAAUAAGGAGAGCUUAGUCAAGCACCACCACAGAAGGAAAAUUUUCCCAGAUGCAACUUGGUGUGUCCAGGUACUAUUUUCCAAAGAUAAUGGGCAACAAUGGAAGCCAGAACUGUGUUACAAUGGAAGCAGAGAAGGCAAAAGAUCAUAGGUGCUAAUAACGGCCAGAACUGUGUGCAGGUAAUUCCAAAAUUAUUCAUACCUUUUGUGUUGCACAAGUAUGGGUAAUAAUAAAAAAUGGUAAAUAAUUUUCACGCAUAAUUCUGAACAAAGUGUUAUUUUUAUUUUUAUUUGCAGCUAAAAGAGGACUUUAUCUCUUAAUUAAUUUGGCCUUUACUGUAUGUAAAUAUGUCUAUCACAAGGGUUGCAUAAAAAUAAAAAAAUAAUGCUCAUUUUUGUUGUGUGUCUAACAAACCUGAACAUUUGUAUUAAUGUAAAAGCUAAAUUGUUUUUCAGUUCUUUUAUUAUAUCUCAAAUUGUACAGAUGUGGAUGUGUGUUUGUUACUGUUAUAGUACUUCAAACAAUGCUCAUAUUGCAUAUAUUGUUGCCAGGUUUGAAAAGUUGUUUUGCAGAAAUGUGUUUGCACUCUGUUAAUUUUGCACAUUUGCUUGGUCACUAGUAUGCAGUUUUGCAGUGUUGAGCAUUAUUCUAACUUGCAAUUGCAUAUUGAGUUGAAUGAUGACGAAAUCUAUAACUGUCAGAUGUCAAUUAUUUCAUGUUACUUAAGUAUUAAAAUCUUGUUUGUGGUUACAUUUACCAAACGUCAGUGUGUCAUUCUUGAAAUUGCUAAUUGGAGGAUGGUUUUGAGAUAGGGGAUUUCAAAUCUUGGCAUUUUGAGAUAAGUCUGCAGUAUGGAUUGAAAAUGUAGAGUAGCUAUUUAACCAACAAUAAUAUCACAAUACUGUCAUUACGUAGUAGGCUAAUCUAGUCAUUGGAAAAAAGCCUUCACUGUGCAUCAUAUCUACUGUAUAUGUAACUGAAUAAGGGAAAACUAGUGGAAACUGUCUUUUAUUCACAUUCAAGCACACAUACCAAUUCAGGAAUUGAAUUCAGGAAGUGCAUAAAACGCAAUUGUUGCCAUACAGUUAUGACCCAUGACUUUUUUGUCAGGAAUGAAAAAAUAUUGAUUCAUACCUAACUUAACACGAUGAAACAUAUUACAAGUGGCGUAGAUUUGCUGUGUUAAUAAUGUUUAAUGUUUCAGAUCGUCACACAUAGGUAAGUAUCAGACAAAGAUAACCCAAAUAAAGCUGUUUUUAAAUGGGGAUUUUAUUUAUUGAAGAAAACAAACUAUUCAAAGCUACUUAGCCCUGUGUGAAAAAGUAAUUGCCCUCUGAACCUAAUAACUGGUUGGGCCAUCCUCAGCGUCAACAGUUGAAAUCAGGUGUUUUCUAUAACUGGCAAUGAGUCUUUCACAUCUCUGCGGAGAUAUUUUGGCCCACUCUUCCUUGCAGAAUGGUUUUAAUUGAGCAACACUGGAGGGUUUUCAAACAUGGACAGUCCACAGCAUUACAAUCAGAUUCAAGGCUUUG